UUUUGCAUUUUUAUUGUGGGUUUUUUUUAUCAUUUCUAUAAUUAUUUUUGCUUUUUAUUCUUGUUUUUGUGGUUUGGUUUUGUUUUUUUUUUUAUUAUUAUUUUCAUUGUUGUUUUUGCACUCUUCUCAUCGUUCUUGGCAUUUUCUCCCCCCGCUCCCCGGCUUGCAGAGGAGUUCAGGCUCUCACCUGAACUUUUGCCGCCUGGUAUAUGCUGUUGGGAUAUCCAUAAGAGAUCGCCCAGGAAUGGUGGAUCACUUGCUGCCUACUGAUGAAUCCUUUUCAUCUACAAGAUCUUCUCUUGGAUACUUUGGGGACAUGACAGCAGGGGUGAGGUCCUACCAAAUGCUGCCCUCUCCCCUGUCGGAAGAUGACAGCGACUCGUCCAGCUUUUGUUCUUGUUCCAGCCCUGACUCCCAGGUUCUCAGCUCCAGCUAUGGAAGCACGUCCAGUGCGGAAAGUCAGGACAGUAUCUUAGACUACUUAUUGUCCCAGGCAUCUUUGGGGAACACUGCUGCAUCAUGGUGGGACAAAAGGAGACUUCAGCCGAUAGUGAAAGAGGAGUACUUUAGGUUGCCUGAAUUUGCCGUGGAUAUGGAAGACUCAGGACCAUUUCAGCCCACGCUUGAGGAAAUUGAGGAAUUUCUGGAGGAGAACAUGGAGUUGGAGCUCAAAGAAAGACCUAAAAGUGAGACCAAGGACUUGAGAGCUUGCAGCCAAGUUUCUGUUGCUUCACUACAGCAAAAAGACCAUAUGUUACCCAGCGCUAGUUUAAAAGAGAGUAAAAAUGAACAGUUGAGCAGCUCAACAGAAGGUGGCCAAGCUUCAAAUGGAGGAAUGUCCCUGGAGAAUGGGAUACCGGUUAUGCUCCAAAUUCAGCCUGUACAGAUCAAACAGGAGUCCAACACGAGCCCCAGUUCCCAAGGACCAGCACAAGAGAACAUUAAAAUUGCACAGCUCCUAGUCAACAUCCAAGGACAGACAUUUGCCCUUGUGCCUCAGAUAGUUCAGUCGUCCAAUUUGAACUUGUCCUCUAAAUUUGUCCGCAUUGCUCCCGUCCCCAUCGCCGCCAAGCCAAUUGGGCCAGGAGGCAUGAUCCAGGGUCAGACGGGAAUCAUCAUGGGUCAGAAAUUUCAAAAGAACCCUGCAGCAGAACUCAUUAAAAUGCACAAAUGUUCUUUUCCUGGUUGUACCAAGAUGUACACGAAAAGCAGCCAUUUGAAAGCCCACCUGAGGAGGCAUACAGGAGAAAAGCCUUUUGCAUGCACAUGGCCGGGUUGCGGAUGGAGGUUCUCCAGGUCAGAUGAGCUGUCCCGGCACAGGCGCUCCCACUCAGGGGUGAAACCCUAUCAGUGUCCUGUCUGUGAGAAGAAGUUUGCUCGAAGUGACCACUUGUCCAAACAUGUCAAGGUGCAUCGGUUCCCACGAAGCAACCGCUCCGUCCGCUCCGUGAACUGAUUGGUCCCGCUUUCCCCUUCCCGCCCAGCCAUCCUACAACAGCUGAUGACAGCACUUUGCUCACUAUAUUUCUAGUGAUAAUUUAUUUGUCUCCACAGAACAGUCAAUGCUGUUACGUGAUACCACCGUGUCUGAGUAUCCCAUGUCCUUCAAAGCUGAUUUGAGAAUGAAGUUCUUUUUGGGUCAA